ACUGUAACAAAAUGCAAAACCUGUGACCAAGAGAGCAGCCACGACACUGAAGCUUAUAUUACCAAGAAACCAAACUCAUUUCCCAAAACAAACAAAAAAAUGCUGAAUGCACUUAGAAAAACUAACCUGACCCUCGUCAUUUUUAUCUGCUCUAUCCUGAUAGCUUCAAGGCUAUGUACUGGGGACUCCUUUGUGUACGACCCAAGCAAAACCUUGAGGGAACGGUUCAAGAAGUGGCUUCAAACCCAUAGCAUCUUAUAUGGAGGAAAGGAGGAGUGGAUGCUACGGUUUGGGAUAUACCAGUCUAAUCUCCAGCUGAUAGACUACAUCAACUCCCUCCACUUGCCGUUUAAGUUAACAGACAACAGAUUCGCAGACAUGACCAAUGCUGAGUUUAAGGCUCAUUUUCUCGGUUUGAACACGUCUUCCUUGAUGCUAGACAGAGACCAAAGGCCGGUUUGUGACGCACUAGGCAAUGUGCCAGCCUCUGUGGACUGGAGGAAAGAAGGUGCAGUGACUCCUAUUAGAAACCAAGGAAAAUGCGGAGGUUGCUGGGCGUUCACUGCAGUGGCAGCUAUUGAAGGCAUCAACAAGAUAAAGACAGGGAACUUAGUAUCUCUCUCAGAACAACAACUCAUAGACUGUGACGUCGGCGCUUUUAACAAAGGAUGUAGCGGUGGAUUAAUGACAACAGCAUAUGAAUAUCUCAUAGCCAAUGGUGGACUAGUCACCGAGGCUGACUAUCCAUACACAGCCAUACAGGGUUCAUGUGACCAAGAGAAGUCCCAAAACAAGGUGGUUACAGUACAAGGAUACACAAAGGUGGAACAGAACGAGGCGAGUUUACAAGCAGCUACUGCUCAACAGCCAGUAUCAGUAGGAAUAGAUGCUGGUGGUUUUAUCUUUCAGCUCUACUCUUCUGGUGUAUUCACAGGCUUCUGUGGAAACCAUCUUAACCAUGGAGUGACUGUUGUUGGAUAUGGAGAAGAAGAUGGUCAAAAGUACUGGAUUGUAAAGAAUUCGUGGGGAACUGGUUGGGGUGAACAGGGGUAUGUAAAGAUGGAACGUGGUUAUAGUGAAGAGACGGGUAAGUGUGGUAUUGCUAUGCUUGCAAGCUAUCCCACGAAGUGAUUCCAAGAAUCUCUAGAAGCUUUAUAGAGCCUUUUCCCCUAUGUAUGACAAUAUGCAAUAGCGCAGAUUAAAAUAAUUUUGACUGUGCGAAUAAAGUACAUAGAGAUACUUGAGAACCAAGGUACUGCUAACAUGAUUCCAAAGAUAAAAAUGAGAUUAUAAUAGAAACAUGUGUUAAGCACAUAA